GUGUAUGCAUCUGCAUUUGACACUGCUGCACAGUGUUUGCAACGUCUUCUGCUACCAGAUAUUCAUCACACCUUGGCAGAAAAAUGGCAACUCGUUUGUUGCUAAGAAACUGUACAAAUAUUAUUAAAAACGGUAAUCAACAAUGGACCGCCAAGAGCCUCUCCACAGGUAGCGUUCGCUACGGAGACGAUCCCAAUAAGGCGCUAGAGGUGCAUGAACCCAACGUGAAGGACCCAAGUAUCGAGUUGAAUCCUACUGAAUACGAGAAGCAGAAAGCUCUGCAGGGCUACAUCACGAUCGAGGGGCCAGAAAAAGUUGGAGUUCUUUCUGGUGUACCUGAGGAGCACAUAAAAAAUCGCACCGUUCGCAUAUACGAGCCUACAAAAAAUGCGAUGCAGUCUGGAACAAACAAUAUCAACUUCUGGCAAAUGGAUUUCGACACUCGCGAACGAUGGGAGAAUCCGCUUAUGGGAUGGACUUCUAGCGGGGACCCACAUUCCAACCUGAAGAUUGAGUUCGCUACCAAGGAGGAGGCGAUCGCUCAUUGCGAGAAAAUGGGAUGGCAAUAUUAUAUUCAGAAACCCAAUGCAAAAACUCCAAAGCCGAGAAGCUACGGAGUAAACUUUUCCUGGGACAAGCGCACUCGAGUUUCUACAAAGUGAGGUGGAAAUUUAUUUUCAUUAAAUCAAUUUCUGUAUCAUAUAUCUAUAUUAUAAUAGUCGAUAUCGCGCGAUGCCAUCGGUAUGUGUAUCGAUCGUGUGUUUAAGUGACGUGAAGUAUAAAGUAUGUAUAGACAUGUAUUAUAUUGAUGAAUAAAUAUUGUUCGUGAA